GAGAGACAGUCCACAGAGGAGAUUGUGGUUGCAAGGACACAGUAUUGACGCUUUGCAGAAAAGUAGCAAAAGGGAGACUCAACUGCAACAGUUAUAAUUUCAGUACCUGAGUUUAUAAGACGCCACCAUGAAGCUGAAGCUGAAGUUUCCAAACCCAGGACUGGAUGACCGGAUCCCCUCUCAUGAGGACCUGGAGAGGAUGGAGAAGGAGGAGGCAGGGGACAGACCCAAAUGGGACAACAAAGCCCAGUAUCUGCUAACAUGUGUGGGCUUUUGUGUAGGACUUGGCAAUGUUUGGAGGUUCCCUUACCUGUGUCAGAGCCAUGGAGGAGGAGCAUUUAUGAUUCCGUUCCUUAUCCUGCUGGUCCUGGAGGGAAUCCCACUGCUGCACCUGGAGUUUGCGAUAGGGCAGCGCCUGAGGAAAGGCAGCGUGGGAGUAUGGAGAUCAAUCAAUCCACACUUGACGGGAGUUGGUAUAGCUUCCUUGUUUGUCUCAUUUUUGGUGGGCGUGUACUACAACACCAUCAUGGCCUGGAUCAUGUGGUAUCUCUUCAACUCUUUUCAGAGUCCUCUGCCUUGGAGCCAAUGUCCUCUCAAUGCUAACAAGACAGGUCUAGUGGAGGAGUGCACUCGGAGCAGCACUGUCGACUACUUCUGGUACAGAGAGACUUUGAACACUUCAACAUCUAUCAAUGAGUCUGGAGGUCUCCAGUGGUGGAUUGUGCUGGCUCUGAUAGCUGCCUGGACUGUGCUCUACGUUUGCUGUAUCCGGGGGAUAGAGACCAGUGGAAAGGCUGUCUACAUCACCUCAACUCUGCCGUACCUGGUGCUUACUAUCUUCCUCAUCAGAGGACUGACUCUGAAAGGAUCUGUGGACGGAAUUAAGUUCCUCUUCACACCAGAUGUGAAUGAAUUACUGAAUCCGCAAACCUGGUUGGAUGCAGGUGCUCAGGUUUUCUACUCCUUCUCCUUGGCUUUUGGAGGUCUCAUCUCUUUCUCCAGUUACAACUCUGUUCACAACAACUGUGAGCAGGAUGCUGUUCUCAUCUCCAUCAUCAAUGGCUGCACCUCAGUGUACUCUGCAACGGUUAUCUACUCCAUCAUCGGCUUCAGGGCCACGCAAAAUUUUGAUGACUGCAUGGGAGAUAACAUCUUGAAGCUGAUGGAUGCCUUCAACUAUCCUGAAAACAACAUCACAGACAGCAACUAUGAUGAAGUUUUGAUCCACCUGAACCAGACAAGUCCAGAUAUCAUUCAAGGAUUGCAACUGAAGACCUGUAACCUACAGUCUUUCCUCAGUCAGGGUGUGGAGGGAACAGGUCUGGCCUUCAUCGUGUUCACAGAAGCCAUCAUCAAGAUGCCUGUUUCUCCUCUCUGGUCUGUCCUCUUCUUUGUCAUGCUCUUCUGCCUCGGCCUCUCGACUAUGUUUGGCAACAUCGAGGGAGUGGUGGUUCCUCUGCAGGACCUCAAAUUGUUGCCCAAAACAUUGCCCAAAGAAAUCUUCUGUGGUCUGACUUGCUUAAUAUCAUUCGCUUUGGGGCUCAUAUUUGCCCAGCGCUCUGGAAACCACUGGCUAGGUCUUUUUGACAACUUUGCUGGCUCUAUCCCCCUUUUGGUUAUCGGAUUCUGCGAAAUGAUCUCUGUCAUCUACAUCUAUGGCGUAGAUAGGUUUAACAAGGACAUUGAGUUUAUGAUUGGCCACAAACCCAAUAUUUUCUGGCAGGUGUCAUGGAGGGUGAUUAGUCCACUUAUUAUGGUCUUCAUCCUGAUUUUCUACUUUGUAACUCAAGUCACCGAGAUUCCCACAUAUUUGGUUUGGGAUCAGGAGUCGCCGGUGUUCCCCACUCUCGAUGAACGUCCAUAUCCUUCUUGGAUCAACGUCAUCAUCUUCAUCCUGGCUGGAGUUCCCAGUUUAGUUAUCCCAUUGUUUGCCAUCUUCAAAUUCAUCCAGAGGAAAUGCUGCAAGCAGGAGGGCUAUCGUGACUCAGUGGACACUAUCUCUGCCAAAAUACAAAUGAGUGAGAAAGGGAAUUUUUAGAAAUCUUUUACUUUGAAUAUUUAAUGUUUUAAAUUAAAUGUAAUGCUCAUUUUACUGUUGCUUGUAUAUUACAUUUGUGCUUUUUUUUCCUUUUCUUUACAAUGAUAAAAGUGUAAUGGCUAGUGACUGUAAAAUGUAGAGGUAAAUUUGGAAGUAUGUUAUUUUGGAAAAGAAAGUAAUUAUUAUUGCUGUUCGAACUACUGUAAUAUUCAUUUUUUUGUUGUGAAAUAUUUUACCUGAAAGUGUAUGUUGUACAUUAAAAAAAUUGUUAGACAUUU